AUGGCGGAACCAACGGAUUCGCUUCGUGACAACCCGGUAUACACGCCGCGGGCACAGAGUAGAAAGGAGCAGAAAGGCAUGGACAUAAUAGAGAAAAUGGACCCGCGAGCGUUCACAGAAUACCUCAACAAAUAUGGGAAUACCAUCUGCGGGAGACACCCUAUCGGGGUGCUACUGCAAGCCAUAGCCCGGCUCCAGUCUCAAUCCAACGCGCCUAGGAUGUCGAUGAAGUUCCUAAAGUACGCGCAGUCAUCCCAGUGUAUGAAUCUUCAAGACUCCUCCGUGUCUUAUGCCAGUGCAUCCCUGGUCUUCGAAUAAGGCGAGUUUGAGGCUGCAGAGCGAUUUAUGUUAGGCACUGGUUCUACCCCUGACGAAAGCGACUAGCUGACGAGUUCAAUUGAUAUUUAUGGGCUGUCAAAACGUGACAAAAAUACCUCAGAGCCUAAAGACGAAAGUCUUCAAUCAGUGUGUUACCAGCAAUGAUAUACGGCUCGGAAACGUGGCUUCUUAAUAUAGGCCUUAUAAAUUAGCUCAAAA